AUGGCCUUUGAAAAUAAGCACCAGGCCUCUCAGGAGCAUCUAAAUGCCUCUAACAUGGAAUCUGGAACACCCAAUGCUGGCCGGGCCCAGAUGCCUAUGAUAGGCUCCCCAAAAACGAUGCACAAUAAUGUUCUCUGCUUGAUUGGAGAGUUUGUUGGCACCUUUAUGUUCCUCUUUUUCUCUUUUGCCGGUGCUCAAGUUGCAAACACUCCUGUGCCGGCUGACGGUUCAAACCCGAACACAUCUAACCUGCUGUACUCAUCUCUGUGUUUCGGCUUCUCCCUCACAGUCAAUGGCUGGGCUUUCUUCCGUGUGACUGGUGGGCUCUUUAACCCAGUUGUAACCCUCGCUCUCUGCCUAACUGGUGGUAUGCCCGUUCUCCGAGGCCUGAUGGUCUUCCCUGCCCAAUUGAUAGCCGGUAUUGCUGCUGCUGGUAUGGUCAGCGUUUUAUUCCCAGGUCCGCCUAACUACACAAGUAGACUUGGCGGUGGUGCUUCUAUCGUCCAAGGUCUCUUCAUUGAGAUGUUUUUGACUGCACAGCUGGUAAUUGUUAUUAUCAUGCUAGCAGUCGUGAAGCACAAGUCCACCUACCUUGCACCCGUGGGUAUCGGUCUUGCUUUCUUCCUCUGCGAACUCGUUGUCAGACUUAAUAUGUUCCUGCUAGGCAAUUAUUAUACCGGAGGCUCCCUCAAUCCGGCCCGCUCCCUAGGACCCGAUGUUAUCAACCGCAGCUUCCCGGGAUAUCAUUGGAUCUACUGGGUCGGUCCUCUUCUCGGUUCGCUCCUCGCAUGUGGGUUCUAUCAUGCACUCCGUAUGGUCCGCUGGGAGAAGAUAAAUCCCGGCCAGGAUUACAAUGAGUGGGAGGCUCGUGAGGACUCCUUUGCCUCGAAUGAUACUGAUCCGUCCUAUCACUGCUCCCAAUACCAGAAUCGGAACAGGGUAAAAUCCCAGAAGAACGGAACACUGUACCAGCGUGACAAUCAGUAUACUACCGAGUUUCCGACGCAGUACCAGACUCCCACUCAGCCUCAGGACUUUCACUUCCCAGCUCAAACUCAUAUCGCGGCUUAG